AUGUCACAAUCCGGAAUAUCUCAACCUAGAUCUUCAUCAGGAAUAGCAGCAGACUCCAAACAGAACCAUGCCUUGCGCUUCAACAGUGGCGCAAUUGCUUACCGGGGUCAGUUUCCAUGGCAGGCGGCAAUUGUGAUUGACGACUCGUCCUUCUGCGGUGGCGCUUUGAUAUCCAAUUAUUGGGUUCUCACCGCGGCCCAUUGCAGGGGAAACACGUACUAUGUGAGGUUGGGCGCCAACCGCUUGGAUAUCCAGGAAUACGGCUCCUUGGAUGUAACCGGUCGAUAUAUGGAGACCUACCCUGGCUACAACCCAACUUUGCUGCUGAAUGAUAUCGCUGUCAUUCGGUUGUCUCAGUGUGUUCAGUUUACGUCUUACAUCGCUCCCGCAAGACUGCCAAAUCGAUUACAGCAGAGUGAAACUUUUGCAGGAGAGACACUUCGUGUCAGUGGUUGGGGGAUAAUUUCCGAUAGUGGCUCUGGUGUUUCACCUGACUUGGCGUACUCGGAUAUCAUAGGUAUUACUAACUAUGACUGUACCAGAUUUUACGGCAAAGCUAUUACUCCGAGCAAACUGUGCGCCACGGCUUUCAAUGAUGAUACCACUUGUCACGGUGAUGCUGGUGGGCCUCUUGUAUUUUUUGACCGCGGUGGUUACUACAUUCUCGUUGGUAUUGUGUCUUUUGGAUCUAAAAGUGGCUGCCAGUUUGGCAACCCUGUCGCUUUCUCAAGAGUGACCAGCUUUUUAACCUGGAUCAAGCCGUACGCUAUUUGACUGACAUCAGAUGUAAUAUAAAAUUAAACAUCAACGCUAGUAGAUGCAUUGUUAUUCAUAAUUUUCUGAAUGAAUUCACAUAGAGAGCAUGAGAUAUUUUGUUAUUGUA